AUGCAGGUCUAAAGAUAACAACAGCAUGACCCUUUUCUAUCACCUCAUAAGUAGGAUGAAUUUGAAUCAUCUAAAGAAUAGGAAUAAGGAUCUCCAAAAUAAACCACAUUUGGAUCAUCAAUAAGAAAAGUUAACGAUUUUGAAGUUUAAUAAGCAGAAAAAACUUUUUUGACAGCUCAAUCAGGGGAAGAUGUAUCAAACGCGCUCGAGCAUGUCAAGAAUACAUAUGAACUUAUAAAAGCUGCAUAAGUAAUCUUGAAUUCUUAUAAAGAAGAAGUUUAGGAAUUGAAGGAAGAAAUUAGUACAAUAAAGCCAGCAACAGAACCCUAUCAAGAAGAAAUUGUAAAUUUAUGUAAACCUAAAAUAGAAGAGUUCUAAUAGUAACUAGAAAAGAAUCCAAAACAUCAAGAUGAAAUUAACAAAAUAUUUUAGCUUUCCAUAGCUUAACUAAAGAAAGAAGAUAAAGCUAUUGAUCAAGAAAUAAUAAAAGUUAUUGACAGAAUACAAAUUUUAGAAACUGUGCUAGGAAAAUAUAAAAAAAGCUAUUGA